AGAGGACCGAGAGUGAGAGGGUGGGUAGUUGAGAAUCGCAGCCAAGAGAGAAGAGAGAAGAGAGACGAAACGAUGCCGUGUUUGAACAUUUCCGCCAACGUCAGCCUCGAAGGAGUUGACACCUCCUCCAUCCUCUCUGAAGCCACCUCCACCGUCGCCAAGAUCAUCGGCAAACCCGAGGCUUAUGUCAUGAUUGUGCUGAAGGGAUCAGUUCCCAUAUCUUUUGGAGGGACUGAGCAACCAGCUGCUUAUGGUGAGUUGGUCUCCAUUGGUGGCCUGAGCCCUGAUGUGAACAAGAAGUUGAGUGCUGCAAUUUCCUCAAUCCUUGAGGCCAAGUUGUCUGUGCCUAAGUCAAGAUUCUUCCUGAAGUUCUAUGAUACCAAGGCGCAUCAGAGUCAAGAACAUGCUCAGUGUUUGCAUGCUUUACACCAGAACUAGAUCAUGGCUCCAACUUUGGAUGGAAUGGAUCUACCUUCUAGAGACAUGCUUAGGGUGUCCUAAAAGUGAAAAUCAGAGAACCUUAUUGCUAGUGGUGAUAUGGUAUCAUAUGAUACCACUAAGGAUGUUGUUAUUUUAUGUAUGUGCGCUCAGUUAGAACCUAUUGAAGACAUUUAAAUGCCUGUAUGCUGGCUUUGGCACAACUACUUGUUCAGUUGGUACUUAUAAAUGAUGUUAUGGUAGAUGGAGUUUGUUCUUGUG